CAAUGCACAAAUGGAGAACAAUGUCACUCCCGUCUAUUUGGCGGCCCAAGAAGGACAUUUGGACGUUCUCAAGUAUUUGGUGACAGUCGCUGGUGGCUCACUUUCCUUGCGAGCAGUAGAUGGAAUGGCGCCAAUCCAUGCUGCUGCCCAGAUGGGAGCUUUAAAAUGUCUAAAAUGGAUGGUAGACGAACAGGGAGUGGAUCCUAACAUGAAAGACAAAGAUGGUGCAACACCAGUUCAUUUUGCUGCCAGUAGAGGGCAUGUCGAGACACUGCGUUGGCUUUUGAGGCAUGGAGGUCGAAUUUUAUUAGAUAAUUUCGGGAAAAGUCCACUGAACGACGCAGCAGAAAAUGAACAAAUGGAGUGUCUUGCUCUUUUGGUGGCACAUGCUUCUGAUCCUAGACACCAGGCGGCGAUACCAGCAUUAGCCACUCCCCCAGAAGGAAUACCUCUCCUACCUAUAAAUCGUUACUGCACCUCCUGCCGUCUACAGCCUCAUCGUGGUCCACCAUCAUCCAGCCAUAUAAGAAGGGAUUCUGAUGGUUGCUCUUGUCGAUCUACGACGUCAGAGGAAACCACCUCUUGGUCCGAUGAUUACCCAUCAGACGUCACUGGUAGCAGUCACCACUCCAUGGGAGGAGCGACGUCGCAAAGGUACGGGGACCAUCAUCCCGUAACCCCUACGAGCAGUUGGCAUUUUUACGGCUCACCCACUAAGGAGAGUCAGAAGCACCAUCAUCAUCGUCACGGACAUAACCACUGUCGCCACCAGUGUUCUCACCACAGUCACGCGACAUACGUCAACCUAAGGAAUCAAGAAAUGAACAAUGGUCAUCAGAGAAAGGCCAGCGACGAAAGUUCCCGUUGCUCUCGCAUGGAAAGUUAUAAAGAACCUUUUCCAUUAAGACCACUUGCAGCUAGCCAAGAACCUUUCUUCCUGCAUGAACCACACAUGACGCCUGACGAUCGAGUCAAAAAGUUAUUCGAAACGCCAACUGAUGAUAAACAGCAUAAAUUAAGAAUGGACACUUCGGUUUCGAAUCCCAAAUCGUCAAGUACGAUUACUACCAAAGUUGAUGUCCACCAGUCAACUUCAGAUGAUGGAAUGAGCAUGUCGGACGUUAGUGAUCCAGUUCCAGAUUACGAUGACCCCGUGCCUCGUUCACAAAGUACUGACGGACAAAGAGCACGUCAUGGUUCUCUUGAUAAACCAACUACGUCGGAAGCACAAUCAUUAACAUCUUCCGAAGCUUGCAGUACUAGCACUGACGAGGGGAUCUACCACGAGGUUGAAGAGGAAGGUCCAGAAGAAAAUGGUAUUCCCCCCGCUUCCCUGCCAGAACAAAGCGAAACAAAUAACACGGCGAAGUCUUUUGAAGUGAAUUCUGUAAGACGAAAAAAUUCUGAAAAUGGAUCACCGCUCGCGCCUCCAAUGUCGGAAAAAGAAAAUAAUGAGGAAUCUGCUGGUGGUGUUUCCGACAAAGGAUUGACUUUAUUAAAGGAGGAUCUGCAAUCAAGCAUAUCUGAAGAAGAAAGAAAAAAAGUUGAUAAUUCGCAGGAACAAAUCGAAGCAAGACCAGAAGAAGUAAAAAGUGUUUCAGUUAAUCAGCGAAAUGGAAACGACUCACUUACUAGAAAGGAUUCCAUGGAAGAUGCAACAAAGAUGCUUUCCAUACCAGCUCUUCCCGCUUCUUCUGCUCCACCACCACCACCACCACCACCACCUCCCCCACCCUUUCUUUCACCUCUUUUGGGAGUCAACCAAAAGAGGGAAGAAACUCCAAACAGUCAAAUCAACUCCCCGGAAAAAUUGAUUAGACCCAAAUCAAAUUUUAUUCCCGAUAAUGAACCGAUCGCGAGUUUUAAGGGUCCAAAGUCAGCGCUUUCUAAGAGAGAAGAAGUCAACAUUAGUAAGGACAGCACGCAUCCUUCUGCAUUGGCAGAAACAGGAAGCCAGAAACAAAAACCUUCUCAAAACGGACAAUCUGGGUUCAUCCCGCCACAGUUUGAAUCAAUGGCAAGUUCCGAUACUAACAUAAAGCCUUCAGAGUAUCUGAAGAAACUGGCGCAGAAAGAGACUCCAUCUUUUCCCGUUUCCAAACUAGGUCAAGUUUCUAAAGAUGUUAUUAUUGGAACCGACAAGAAUGCCACCAGAAAGGAAGCGGAGAGUAAAUUGUUGACCAUUAGUAAUUAUUCAACUUCAUUACAGCAACAAAAAACUGAUUUCACUUCAGUAAACAGUCCACAAAAAUCUGAGUCAAAGGAUGUAUUUAAAAACUCAGAGAAUAGUGACGCUUUAGUCAAUGAAAUAACUCCUAUCAUAAGCAGUGAGACAAAAUCCAGUGAAACGACGCCAAAAGCACCUCCACCACCUAGCGGACCACUUCCCACACCUCUCUCUCGACCAAACUUCAGUGUUACUAAGGAAGCCCUUCAGUCUGUUAAUUUGAAGAAGGCUGAAAUAUCAACAAGUACUGGUUAG